AUGCCAGCCCUGGAAAUUGUAGUAGGUAUAGAUUUCGGAACCACAUAUUCGGGGGCCUCAUGGGCCAUCAACGCUGGCGAGAGACAAGUCCACCUGGUCGACGACUGGCCCAAUCCUGUAGCGGCGAACAUUACGCAACAUAAAGUUCCAUCUCUGCUGUCGUACAACAAUAGAGGGCAACCCGUCAAGUGGGGCUACAAUGUUACAGUUGGGACAGACACUCGAGUGCUGCGAUGGUUCAAGCUGCUGGUAGAGUCGUUGGACUACGACAAUGAUAUGAUAGAGCCACUCAGAGAGUCCGAAAACCUUCUGCGGUCCAUGUCGCGAUCCCGAAUCGACGCCACCUCGGACUACCUGAGAUGGAUAUGGGAGUCCACCAAGGAAAACAUUCGCAUCCACCAGGGCGACAACUGGAACGCCAUAUAUGACGUAUCUGUCAUCCUUACCGUCCCUGCGAUAUGGAGCGCGAGAGCUAAAGCACGGACAAAAAGAAUCGCACACAUCGCUGGUCUGCCCGAAAACACCAAGCUCGUCCCUGAGCCCGAAGCCGCAGCUCUUGCUGCUUUCAAGGACUUGCUUUCGGGAACAUCUCAGCAGACCUUGAGGAAAGACGAUGCGUUUGUCGUGUGUGACGCGGGAGGCGGCACAGUGGACCUCAUCAGCUACCAGAUCAAGUCAUUGCAUCCGUUCAAGAUUGAAGAAUGCACGCCCGGCACAGGGGGGCUCUACGGUUCCACUCUGAUUGACAGAUGUUUCGAAAACGACAUCCGUACCAGAAUUGGUCCACGGACUUAUGACAAAAUGUCACCGCGGCGCAGGGCCAGAAUCUUCGAAAACUUUGAAGCAGUCAAGAGAUCCUUCAAUGGUGACGAUAGAGAGGAACACAUCGUGGACCUGCCCGGUAUCAGGGACAACCCGGCUGCCCGGAUUCGGGAUCAAGCUAUUCAGUUGACGCCGUCGAUGCUGCGGACACUAUUCGACCACGUGUGCAAUCAAGUCAUACACCUGGUCGAUAACCAGAUAGAGGACGCAAGAGCGGAGAAUUGCAGAGUCAAGAUGGUCCGCUAUCAGUAG